GUCAUAUAGACCGGAAUGUGUACCUGAAGAUAUACCAUCCAUAUCCAUACAUACAUCUUUUAGAAAGAUAAAUGCAAACCUUUUGAAUCGAUUCACAAUAAGUCAGAGCAAAAGAAAUUUGUUGUGCAAUACAAAACAGUAUUUAUUGUGGACGAAUCCAAUUAAUUGUGACUCGGGAAGAAAUAAGAAAGACCCACUGAUACCAAACAUGGAAUUUUUAAAGCUUGGUUCAAUGCAGUAUAUUGAACAAGUUACACAAAAAACAUAUCUUGAUUUUUCUAGCCCAGUAUCUCUGCUGAAGCACAGUGUUAGCCGGUCCAGCAUUCGGCCAGCGCGACUGCGCGCUCUGCUCUGCAACGACACUGGCACCACUCUGCUGGCACUGGCCAGCGACAAUGAACAGGCUUUCUUCUCACAUGACCUGCAUCAUAUACUCAAUCACUGUUUCUUUGACAAAUCACCAUACAGUUACGAGGAGAAGCGAUACCUGCUGCACAGACUGGCAGUAUUCCAGCGCACAAUACUGCAAGGAAUUCCCGUUGUGACCAGAUUCCUUGCACAGUUUAUAGCGUUCUGGAACGAAACUGACUUCUUUGGUGAGAUAAUGGACCUGGUGGAAUGGUUGAGUGCGGAUUGUUAUGAAUACAUUGAGGCAAUAAUGACUUCACUCACAAAGAUAUACUGCAGAGCAAAUUCAAUGGACCAAUGCGUUAUACUCAGGAGUUUGUCAGCGAUAUAUGCUAAUUUAGUCUACACCAGUGUUCGAAAUUGCAGAUUAUUUAUGAGUACAAACUCACCACAGAUAGAAUACACACAGAUUUUACGUGGAGUAGCAAAAUUGUUAACACAAUUGUAUAGCAAAGGCUUACAAAUAAAUCCAGACAAUGCGCUAGUGCUGGCGAGUUGCCUGAGCGCUGCGUCGCGCUGCGCACGCGCAGAUGUAUGCCUGGGCGCUGCGUGCAGUGUGCCGGCCGCGCUGCUGCUGGCGCUGCCGCUGCUGGCGCCCUCUGCCGCCACCCUCGACCACCUCGUACAUCUCAUACUUACGUACAGGAAGAUAUUCUCGAAGUUAAAAAAUAAGAACAAUGGUGUACGAAAUACCCACGAAUUUGAACAUCGACAGUUACUAAAGGCGUAUACAUCAGACAUUAUAUCUUGUCUGUAUCAAGAAAACUUCCUCAGCAACCGCCAGGAAGGUUAUGUGUUCAGCAAACUGAACAUGCAGACUGUAACAAUGCUGAACAAAGUCAUCCCUAACGCUGAUUCUAAACUAAGUCUCAGGAAUCAUUUACCAUUUGCGCCGUACACUUAUUUACAAAUUGAAGGUUCACAAGCUGAGACCAUAGACAACUCAAUGUGGUUCAAAUACGCCAUCGACAAACAGUUCCCUAGUUUGUGCAAGUUGUUGAUUAUGACUACACCACAAUUGAUUAGUUAG